GGGGCGGGCCCGCAGGCCGCAAGCCCUGACUGGCCCGAAGGAGAGGGCAGGUCCGAGGCCCGCCUCACCAGGUCCGACCCAAGCACCCGGCAAUGGUCCCCUAAGAAGCCAAGGCUGUCCUUGGCCUGUAAACCUCUUCCCUUCGCUUGGGGGCCCUCACCUUGCGCCCUGCCCUCAAGCCUGCGCCCCCCCGCCGCCAGGCUGAGGGUGACUCCCUGCUGGGCCCCAGAUCCAGGCUGCAGACCUGCAGCUAGUCCCUGGCAACAUGGUGAAGCUGCUGCCCGCGCAGGAGGCCGCCAAGAUCUACCAUACCAACUACGUGCGGAACUCGCGCGCCGUGGGGGUGAUGUGGGGCACGCUCACCAUCUGCUUCUCCGUGCUGGUCAUGGCCCUCUUCAUCCAGCCCUACUGGAUAGGCGACAGCGUGAGCACGCCGCAGGCCGGCUACUUCGGCCUGUUCUCCUACUGCGUGGGCAACGUGCUGUCCUCUGAGCUCAUCUGCAAGGGCGGUCCUCUCGACUUCUCCUCCAUCCCCUCCAGAGCCUUCAAGACGGCCAUGUUCUUCAUAGCGUUGGCCAUGUUCCUCAUCAUUGGCUCCAUCAUCUGCUUCAGCCUGUUCUUCGUCUGCAACACUGCCACGGUCUACAAGAUCUGUGCCUGGAUGCAGCUGGCUGCAGCCACAGGCCUAAUGAUCGGCUGCCUGGUCUACCCAGAUGGUUGGGACUCCAGCGAGGUGCGGCGCAUGUGUGGCGAGCAGACGGGCAAGUACACGCUGGGCCACUGCACUAUCCGCUGGGCCUUCAUGCUGGCCAUCCUCAGCAUUGGCGAUGCUCUCAUCCUCUCCUUCUUGGCUUUUGUGUUGGGCUACCGGCAGGACAAGCUCCUCCCUGAUGACUACAAGGCAGAUGGGAAAGAGGAAGUCUGAAGCAGCUGGAGGUCGGUGAUUCUUUUGGAGGGUCAUUAUUUUCCAGGCAAUGGAAACUAGGAAAUCUGAAUCUUCAGACGAACUCUUCUUCCAGCAUCCUUGUCCUUGGCUAUGACAGGACUCAGGCCGGAACUCUUUCCUCACAGGGUUGGAACCCUUCGGUGGCCCACUACCCACACACAGCUCUUGCAGGAUCGCAGUGUUUCACAACGGAAGACAUUUAUAGGCUGAGUGGUAUGGGGGUGCUUAGCCACGGGGAUCCAAUUUUCUUCCUAGUGUUUCCCACAAAUAAGUCACUUCACUCUCUGGAGGUCUCUCCUCUAUAAGCCAGGGCUGCUGAAUCCAUGUUUAGUAGGGGCCAGAGCCUGACAGCUUAGCUAACAGGGGAUGCACUCUUGGAGCCACACAGAAACAAAUGUCUGGUCAGCUAAGAGGUGGCUGGGACCACCAGGCCCCUCUGCUUCUGUUUUCAUACCUCAGAAAGGGGCAAGGAAUGGAGCCGCAACAUGGGACUGAGAAAUUCCCUAGUCAAAUUUGACUAUCCCCUUGAGGGGCAAAAAUCACAUGUCUUCAUAGUGCCCACCCUGACCCCUUCAGAAAUUUGUCAUUCAGAUGCAAGUGAUUUUUCACAGCAGUCUAACAUUCUUGUCAGAAACCCAGGAUUUGGUACACCAGAUGGCACUCCUGUCAGAAUUUAAUAGCUCCUUGUAGGAAAUGUCGAGGCAAAAGUAGGUCCUUCACUUGAUCCCUUGUGCUGGGGGAACAUGUUGGUUACCUGCAGCGGAUGACCUGUGAAACAGGAUCUGGGCUCCAUCUACUUUAACUCCCUGGGUGCUGUCCUCAGGGGUGGAGAGGGGUACUGAUAGGCACCAGUGAUGCUGGAUGUUUUCUUGUUCUUGGCUGUCAGCUGACACACCUUGAUGAUCUGUCUAGGGUGCUACUUCCUCCACUUUGGAGCUGGGAUGGGCAUCCAAGUGUGUCCUAUUUAAAUAACUGGUGAUGGGAGCUGGGGGUGUGUCUCAGUUGAUAGGGUGCUUGCCUAGCAUACAGAGACCACAGGUUCCAUCUCCAGCACUGGAAAAAAAAUUGGUGGUGGAAAGUACUAUCAUGGUAUCGGGCCUUGUACCUGGUGCACUGACCGCAGCUGGUUUAUGAAAGUCCUCACCUUUUCUUUUUGAUGAUAAAAUUACUCAAUUCAGUCAGGCCCUUCUGUUAUGCAAGCUGGGUGGGUGACAGCUUGCUAUUGGGUCGCUCAGUGCGUGUACCUCUCACGGGUACUCCUACAAGAGGUCCCCACCCCCAGUUCCAUUGAUAGGACAAAUGUAGUAGUUGUCUGCAGAUGCUCCUGGGGGUGUGAGCUGGACCUGCCUACACCCUGUGCUGAGACAGGAAGUGUGUUUCACCAAAGAGGAGUUGGGUUUAACCCAUGGCCAGUUCAGGGGAAGGACAACUCUGCUUAAUGGCCUCCUUAAUGGUCUCCUUUUUGCUUUAUCUUCAAGGAAUCAGAGGAUCCAAUGUCACCAAUAAUAUUAAUGGUUUUGAUUCUGAGCUUUUCUCAAGUGGCUUUACUUUUAAAUUCUUAAAAAGCACCUCUGAUGUCAUCCGUCUUUGGAUAUAUGCAGAAUAAAAACCAGCAAAACCAGUGCUCUUCUCACCAA